UUGAAUUUACAGUCAUUACAAGCGAUUAUGAUAUUAAAAACUAUCAACGCAUUCAAUUAUCAGAGAAAGUUUUAUGAGGUGGCUGCGACACUAGUGGAACAUGUGAAUGUCUCCCUUGACGAGGAGACACAGGAAGCCUUUCAGAGCCCAGUACCGCGUUACGUCAGCACAUGCGAUGAGGCAGGCACCGUGGACCAGACAGAGGCACACGCGAUGGAAAGACCGUUACGUAAGAUUCUCAGUGAGCUUUUCCCCGGAACAGUACACGAUGCCAGUGCCGCCAACCCAGACGUGUUCUUGCUGCAAAAGCUGGUCACGGUGACCCAUGCACUUGCCGAAUCAACGCCAUUGCCUGGCAACGAAAGAGGUCUCAUGACUUCGUCACGUGUGCAUCCACUCUUAGAGGAAGUCGGGACUUGGAGUGUGGACAAAGGUCUUCGUUUGGGCAAUCGACGACUUUAUGUGCCCAAGACGCCCCUUAACGUCUCUGGUACACUUCUCGUAGGAACAGUUGAGGCGCCCCCAUUCACUAUCAAAUCGAACGGUUCCUGGUCUGGGUUUUCUGUCGAUUUGAUGAUUGAGGUUCUGGAGAAGCUGGGAUUAAAGUAUCAAAUCAUUGAGAGUUUCGAUGGCAAGUUCGGAGGAAAGAGUCCCAACGGAUCUUGGAAUGGUCUCGUUAGAAUGGCGCAAUUGAAGAGUAUUGAUCUGGCAAUUGGUCCAAUCAGCGUGACGUCAGAACGUGCUGCCGUCGUGGACUUUGUCCAGCCUAUAAUGGAGGACGGCGGGGGCAUCAUCGUCAAGAAAGUAGAGGACACUGUGGACAAAUUGUUCAGCAAUAUGAAGCCUUUCCAGGCAACCGUGUGGCUCACUAUAUACGCCAUGAUAGUUCUGAUGGCUGCUCUCUUUGUCCUCGUCAACCGCUUCAGUCCGUUCCGGUGGCCGGCCUCAGGGUUUGGGAACUCCGUCAAGCACUGUGUUCAUCGCAAGCGGGACAGCGCUUGGGUCUUUGUGUCUUCUUACAUGGAACAGGGUGCCAACAGGUUACCGUACAACACAUCUGGGCGGAUGAUAUUGGGCUGUUGGUGGGUGUUCGCCAUACUCAUCUCCGCUUCUUUCACAGCCGAGCUUGCUGCCACGCUGACAGUAAACAGAGCCCGACAGCCUAUCGAGACACUUGCAGACCUUGCUGAACAAACUGAUAUCAAACCCAUUGCCAAGCAAGGCACUACUUGGUACUCUGUUAUCGAGAGAGCAGAAACGGAGAUUUUCCAAAAGUUACGGGUCUUGGCGCGGUCUGCUCCAAAGGUGACGUCAACCAGGCAAGGUUUAGAUCUGGUCAGAAGGGGAGGCUAUGCCCUGAUUACAGAUUAUUCACAAAUCAAGGGACAGCGGAGAAUGGACUGUGAAAACCUAGUCAUUGCAGCAGGGGCAAAAGGAAGGGGAACGUCUUUGCAUCCCAUCUUCCGCAGCAUUAUCCAGCUCCACGGUGCAGGGAUCGUGGACAAGUACAAACGCAAAUGGUGGCCUUUAGCUACGCAGUGCCCGAUAACAAAUCAGCAAGUGACGGCCAAAUCGCAGGGCCUGGACUCGGCAGGAGCACAGUUCAUCAUCUUAGCUAUCAUCAUGGUUGUUGCUGCCGUAGUGAGCUGCCUGGAGAGACUCGUUGCCUCACGCUGCAGUGCGAAUACUACAAAUGAUAUUCUGGAUGCUUUAAACAGAGCAUUAGAAAUUCCGGUGCUUUAG